AUGACUACAGCGGGGGCCAUCGGUGGUGGCAAACAGCAGCACCAGCGCGACCUGGACGCCCACAUAGUGACCCUACUGACGAAGCUCUCGGCGCUUAAGGAGAACGGUAGCGUGGGCGGCCAGAGCCAGCAGCCGCAGGACGCGCGACACCACCACGAGCACACUGCCGGUUUACCCCCUAUGUCGACCGAAGCUUGGAGCCUCGAGUUUUGGCGGGCCGUCGCCGUUGAGUGCUUCGCCACUUUUUUGUUCGCCUUCGUCGUGGCCGGCUCGGCCGUGGCACCCGCCACCUCCAACAGCGGCCUCAACGCCCUUACCACGGCCGUGGCCACGGGUUUCGCCAUCGCCGCUGUUCAACUCAUCUUUGGACCCGUCAGCGGUGGACACGUGAACCCAGCAGUCACGGUGUCGUUCGCCCUAUCUCGGAAGGUGUCGGCUUUUAGGGCCAUAGCUUACGGGCUCGCGCAGUGUGGCGGUGGAGUUGCCGGCGCGGCUAUGCUCUACGGGGUCGCCAACGCACCGCAGAACCUGAUUUCAACCUCGAGCAGACUGAGCGACCAGGCGCCCCUCAAGUUCCUCGUCGAGCUCACCCUGUCGAGCUUCAUCAUCCUGGCGCACUACUGCGCCGAGUCCCCGAGAUCUCUGUCCUCGACGGUCUCGGGCAAGCCGGCCUGCGUCCUCGCCGCCGCCUACACCGCCGCCACCCUGGUCUCGACGCCUUUUUUGAACCCGGCCCGAGCCCUCGGCAUAGCCUUCGUGACCUACAGGUGGGACAACCACUGGGUCCAGUGGAUGGGCCCGAUAAUCGGCAGCAUGGUGGCCGCCCUGAUAAACGAGUACGUCCUCAGCGGCAGCCGUCACCUGCGGGAGUCCCGUGACUACGAUGACGGCGACAACUCGUCGAUGCGCUCCGACGAGGAGACCUACGACGACCUGCCCAACCGAAAACACGGCAAGUACAGCAGCGCGGGCUACCAAACUUACCGGCCGGUGGCCAGCGGUGCCUCGAUAUACGGGCCCCCGCCGGCCUUGGAGCGCGUCGAGUCCAUCUACGGCGGCACCAAGUCCCUCUACUGCAAGAGCCCGCCCCUCACCCGGGCCAACCUCAACCGGUCCCAGAGCGUGUACGCCAAGUCGACGAGCACCGGAGUCCGGGAUGGCCUCAUCAUACCCAAACCCGGACCACUACAACCCGCCCAGAGCCUAUAUCCCAUACGCCUGAACGCCGUGGGCCACGAGAGCCACGACCUUAGACCGAUACACCCCGUCAACCAACAGCAGCAACACCUCCAAACUCAGCCCACGCCGCCCGCGCCGCAGCAGCAAAACCACAACAGCACCAACCAGAACAUGCAGAACCAGUUGCAACAGUGCACCCAGAACAUCUACGGUAUACGGGGCAUCACGAGUACCAGCGGCCUUGGACAAAGGGACAACAUUUACGGCCACCUCGUGGGUGGUGGUGGUGGUGGUGGUGCCAUCAGCCAACAGCAGCGCGACAGCCCGUCGAGCAUAUACGGCAGGGCUCCGGCACCGCCGCCAACGACUCAUUGCACGCCACCGUUGCAGCAGCACCAACAACAACCACCGCCGCCACCGCCGCCUCCCCUGCAGCAGCAGUUGCCGACGCGCGACAACGGGCACUCGCCCCACCAGGGCUCCCAGGAUGGGGGCAACAGUAGCACGGGCGGCUCGAUGAGACGGGGACCCACGGUGGACCUACGCCCCGAGAGCAUGUACGGCCAUACCCAGCAGCAGCGGAGAACGGGUGACGAUUCGGCUUACGGCACCUACCAGAGCUCCUCGAGGGGCAGUGGAGGCGCUGGCGCUACCUACGGCAAACUCGGCGGGCCCCCGCCUCCGCCUCACGGGUACAGCCACCAGCAGCAGGGCAGAGCCAACGGUGGGCCGCCUCAGCCCGGAUAUCAGAGACACUCGCCCAACCCGCCCCCGCCCCAGUACUGA